AGAAACCACCCGUAGUCUGCAUGCAGCUGAACAAGAAAGGUCUUUUUGUAGAAUCCUCCUGCCACAUAAAACGAAGUUUUGCAUGUGAAACGCGCGCUAACGUAUCACUACUAGAAUCAGAAAAACUAACCUUCGGUAAUGUUAAUUACCUUGUUGUCAUGAACAAGGUUAUUUGGGAGGAGGCCUCGGAAGUAUGUAAGCACAACAAUGGACAACUCGCUCAACUGGAUCCGUUGGAGAAUCAGAGGCUGAAUGGCAUAGGAAAAGUGUACGAGAACCUGUGGCUGGGCGGAAAAAUAAAGGACGCCGAGUGGCUGUGGGACGACGGUUCGAAGAUCCAGCAACCCGGAGCGGCAGUGGCUGCGACGACGUCGGAACGGCGGUGCGUGGGCGUAUCGCGCAUCGGGCCGCAGCAGCCAGUGAAGCUGGAGGCGUGGUCGUGUUCCGAACCGCGCGGCUUUCUCUGCCGCUUGCGAGCCUAGGCCGCACAGAAACGUCGGCGCUGCAGACUGUACACCUGCCCUUUGAAGAAUCUGUCCAGGCGAUAUUAACCCAUUCCUCGGCUUAUUUCUUCUGCAUUCGAGCAAUGACGGGACCUUCCGCUGUCGACCAUUCCCGCGUCUCCUUCGUACACCUCAUUCUGGGGACUUCGGAUUGGGUGACAUAGUGUCGCGUCGAUUAUAAUAACUGUGUUCCUGAGUCGUUAGAUGUGGAAGAAAUGUGAUAUAACCUUGAAAACUAAUUUUUUUCGAUUCGCUUGUUUUUCUAUUAUCUGACGUCGUAAUCUAGAUGUUAUAAAGGCAUCUAGUAAUCGUAAUCUAAGAAAACGAGGUUUAUUUGAGGUGCAUUUAUUAUAGAUGCUCUGUAGGAGUGAAUACACAUAAACUUUCUCGUCGUUAUUCGGACGGCUCUGGAAGAUCGUCGUUAACGAGUUGCCUAUUUUAAAAGCAACGGACAUUUCUCCACCAAUGCUGCCACAGGGAAUAAGGCAAUGAAAUAAUUGAAUAAUAGAUAUAGUAUCACCAAAUCUACUUACUCAUACUGUGUAAUAAUUUUAAAUUAUAUAAUUGAUUUUUAUUCUCUGUUCCCUAAUCCUGAACGUCAAGGUAUUCGCAGUUAAAUAAAUAUUUAUUAAU